GUAAUUGUUUCUGUUGGGGAGGGGGGAAAGGAAUCCAUCGUGCGGCCAUCAAGUUGCGAUACGUGAAUCUAAUAAAUUUGAAUGUCAAACCUUCAUGAUAUUUUCGUCAAAGCUGCCGAAACUCAAAACGUGUGAAGAGUACGAGGCUUUGCCAAAUAUACAUCAAACUACAAUCCACCCAAACCACAGAUCCUUGAAUUCGUGCAAAGUUUAUGUUGAUCUUGCUCAGAUGGAAAGUGAAAGUAAAAGCAAAACGUAUUUUUUUAGUAACACUCAUUUCAAAACGUAACGAAGGUAGGCCUAUAGACAAAGAAUCGUAUUCACUUUUUGAUACGGAGGUAACGUAUCUUUAUAAUCCUGCAUGAACCAGAUAUUUCAAUGAUGGAUUCAGGAUUAGGAAAAAUGCAACGGGUGGUGUUUAAGAUACGUAGUCUAACAUUAGCAGAGUUCUGGUCUAGAUGCUCAUGUAUGUAACAUGUUUCUGUUUUCUCUAGGAUCAACGAUUAGGACUAAUACCUGUCUACAUUUACCUAUUAGAAAUGGCUUCGGUCAGAACUUGGGGGCUAUUGAUUAUCUAUGACCUGACGCUCUGGGUUGUAUUCUGGACUUGGUUAAUGUUGUCUAAAUUUUCCAGCUGUGGAGGACUAGGCGGGUUGUGGGUUUUAGGAGGCUUGAGGUGGAUAUGUCUUUACUCGCUUACUCUGCUAUACACCGAUGGAAAGCCCCAACCAGCUUUGUGGAGGUGGGUGACAAUGCUGUGCCUUUUGCCUCCUGUGUUUGAGAGUGGACGCAAGUGUGUGAUAUCAGGAUCUACCUCAGACCCACAUGGUCCGAUUCCUGAACCCAGCAUUGCACUGCUGUCACUAUUCUCCUCUUCCGUGGCCUGUCUGGCAUGGGAGGCGGUCUUUCCUGAUGGUGAGACUCGAAAAGAAUCAAAGUCCCGGGUGGUGUUAAUGAGGGUGGUGAGAUACUGCAGACCUGAUGCCUUCCACCUGACUGCAGCAUUUUCCUUCCUGAUCGUUGGAGUAAUAAGUGAUACAUUUAUCCCGUAUUGCCAAGGCAAAGUGAUAGAUAUGCUGAGAGAUCAGCAUCAACAUCAUGACAGCUUUAGUUACGCCAUUGGAAUCCUAGCGCUGGUCUCACUUGGGAGCUCACUGUUCUCCGGUUUGCGAGGUGGCAUGUUCAUGGUUAGCCUGUGCAGACUUAACUUGAGAAUGAAACACAUAUUGUUCCACAACCUGUUGCUACAGGACAUACCCUUCUUUGAGGAGAACAAGCCAGGAAGUCUGUCCUCCCGCUUGGCUUCUGACGUGGACAAAAUGGGUCGCUCAGUGGCGCUGAACGCCAACGUGCUGGUGCGCAGCAUGGUGAAGACAGGGCUCAUGCUGGUGUUGAUGCUGGGUCUAUCCUGGGAGCUCACCCUGCUCACCUGUGUGGAGAUGCCCAUCCUGGCCUUUCUGCAGAACACGUACAACACCUACGGGCAGGACCUGAAAAGUCAGAUUCAGGAUUGUCAGGCCCAGACCAAAGAGCUGGCCUCACAGGCCAUCAGGGCAGUAAGGACGGUCCGCAGCUUCAGGGCAGAGGAGAAGGAGCUGCAAAGAUACAACGAGGCUCUGGACCAGAUGUUCAUGGUCCAGAAGCGCAAGGGCAUCUUCAGUGCGGUUCACCUCCUAACACGAAGGCUGGUUACUCUGGGAAUAAAAGUGGCCAUGCUGUGGCAGGGUCGGAGACUGAUGUCCUUGGGCCAGCUAAGCAUUGGUAGCCUGAUCACAUUUGUACUCUACCAGAAACCUAUGGCAACCAACAUGAAGGAAAUACUGUUUGGCUUUGGCGACAUGGUGAACACUCUUGGGGUCACAGCCAAGGUCUUACAGUUUCUGGACAGAAAGCCAAAGCAGAAGGAAGCAGGGGAGUUAGCUCCUGCAAAGCUAGAGGGAAGACUUGAUUUCCACAAUGUCACCUUGUUCUACCCCUCACGGCCUGACAAACCUGUACUAAAGUCUGUGACCCUGGAGCUGCGUCCAGGGAAGAUGACAGCGCUGGUGGGGCCCUCUGGAGGUGGAAAGACUUCCUGCGUCAGUCUGCUGGAGCGCUUCUACGAGCCACAGGAGGGCCAGGUCCUGCUAGAUGGACAGCCCCUACACUGCUACCAGCAUCAAUACCUGCACGGAAAAAUGGCCUUGGUGUCCCAGGAUCCUGUGCUUUUCUCUGGAUCUGUGAGACACAACAUAGAGUAUGGCCUGCAUGGAUGCACCCUGGAGAAGGUGAUAGAGGCUGCCAAGAAAGCUAACGCCCAUGACUUCAUAUGUGACCUGAAGAAUGGUUAUGACACAGAUGUGGGGGAGUGUGGGGGAAAGCUGUCUUCAGGACAGAAGCAGUGCAUUGCCAUUGCCAGGGCCCUGGUCAGAGACCCACAGGUCCUCAUCUUGGACGAGGCCACCAGCAAUCUUGACGUCAACAUGCAGCAUGCGAUCCAGAGGGUUCUGGUGGGUUCUCAGGGUCAGACGGUGCUGGUGGUGGCCCACCGGCUGCAGACUGUUGAGAAGGCAGACCACAUCAUCUUUGUUGAGGAUGGUCAUGUCGUGGAGCAGGGUACCCACCAACAGCUCAUGGACAAGAAGGGGCGUUACCACCGGCUCAAAGAGGAACUCUUCACUUAACAGUGGCAGGAUUCAGCCAUCUGUUCCCAGGCAUACAGUUGUCUGGCCUAGGACUACUGUCAUCUGUAGAAAGUCCACCACCGUAGGAGCAGGUCUUUGUUAUGUUUUAAUCUAAGAGGAACAAAUGCCCAACCCAUUUUUCACCUGUAGGCUAUAUUUACAUUCUUCUUGGCCUGUGCUGGAUUUAAACCCUUAACUAUUAAAGGAAUAUGUUUUGUGGGUGCGCUCAACUUUGUCCUCUAUAAAACUGAAAUGUACAGUAUUGUGUAGUACAUAUGUCUUAGUAUUUUUGUUCUAAAUAAAUAAUACAAUUGAAGUUAA